AUGGGUGUGUUAGAGAAGAUCGCGCAGAUUCAAGAUGAAAUGGCUCGAACCCAGAAGAAUAAGGCUACAGAGUAUCAUCUUGGUCUUUUGAAGGGGAAAUUAGCCAAGCUCCGUCGUGAAUUACUUGAACCUCAACCCGGUCAAGGAUCUGGUGGUGGAGGUCAAGGAUUCGAAAUAGCUAAGGCUGGGGAUGCUAGGGUUUCAUUAAUUGGGUUCCCAUCUGUCGGUAAAUCAUCUUUCUUGUCCAAAGUGACCAAUACGAAAUCUGAAGCGGCCAAUUAUGAGUUCACAACGUUGACAUCAGUUGGAGGAUUACUUCAUUAUAAUGGUGCCGAAAUUCAAAUUGUCGAUUUGCCCGGAAUCAUAAAAGCAGCUGCCCAAGGUAAAGGUAGAGGUAGACAGGUUAUUGCAGUUGGAAGAACAUCGGACUUAAUCUUAAUGGUCUUGGAUUCUACCAGAGGAGAUGAACAGAGAAAGAUUUUAGAGAACGAAUUGGAAACAAUGGGAAUAAGGUUGAAUAAGGAGAAGCCCAACAUAUCGUUGAAAAUAAAGAGUUCUGGAGGAGUCAAAAUGAACUCCAUAAAUCCGCCUGUUCAUCUAAAUGAAAAAAUCGUCUCUGGUUUAUUAAAGGAAUACAAGAUUCACAAUGCUGAUGUGUUAAUAAAGGAUGAAAAUGUGACUAUCGAUGACUUCAUUGACAUCAUCAAUGAGCUGCAUGUCACCUACAUCAAAUGUUUAUACGUGUACAAUAAGAUCGAUGUUACAUCUCUUGAAGAGUGUGAUCGAUUAGCUAGACAACCCAAUACAGUGGUUAUGUCUUGUGAAAUAGACUUGGGAAUCGAGGAUUUGAAAGAAGAAAUAUGGAGGCAAUUGGGCCUUAUAAGGUUAUACACAAAAAGAAGAGGUAUAGCUCCUAACUUUAAUGACCCGAUGGUUGUUAGGAACAAUUCUUCAAUUCAAAGUGUUUGUGAUGCAAUUCAUCGAGACAUGAGAAACCAGUUCAAAUUUGCCCUUGUUUGGGGAUCUUCCUCUAAGCACUCACCACAAAAGUGUGGUUUGACUCACAUAGUUCAUGAUGAAGAUGUUGUUCAAAUAGUCACCAAAUAG